AUGGACACUAAAAAGGUCCAUCCGAGAAAGUACAUCCUUGACAAGAUUGAACUCAAGGAUAACGAAGAACUGGAAAAAGAAAGAAAUGAAAUAAGGUCCGCUUUUGGUGUUGGUAGCAUAGUCGAAAAAAAAUCCGACGAAAAAUCAACUAGUGUCUUAACACACAGGAAGAGUUGGAUCGCCGUUGGCCACAAAACUACCGCAAAUACAAAAGAGGUCUUUCUCAGACGACUGGUGUUCGCCUUAAUAACACUGGUGUUCUUGCUAGUAGUUACAAAUGUUGCCUUGGUGGUAAUUUUUGUGAAAACCAAAUGUAAGGAAUCGGAGGAAACAGGAACCAUUAGCCAUCAAGGUAAAUAACUUCAAAUUUCUUGAAAGUCAUUGGCCUGGUCAAGUAGUUCUUUUUGCGCAUUAAGCAGUUUCCCAGGAUUAAGGCUAUGGUGAUUUGUAUAUUGCUUAAUAAUUAAAGUGGUUGUUGUGUUUUGGAUAUUCAUUUUUACGUGAGGCUAGUGUCCGUCAAUACUAGCCCUUUCAAGUUGUAGGUGCAACCUCGUCCCACUAAAAACGGUUCUAACCGUUGUUCUACUUGUGAACAAUCCAGUACAGAGUCAAUAAGUUUCAUCAACUCAAAAAUAACGUUGUUUUUCUUGUCGGACAAGACGGUUAAAAAGGCAUAAACUUGUGCGCAUUGUACAACUGUAAGUGAACUAGCGUAGAGAGUCUCAAAAGUUACACAAUCAAAAAGAGUUUUCAAAUGUUUAUAGAAUGUGUUACAAUGUAUUCGUGAAAACUAAGCAAUGAGAGUACUUAAGAGGCAUAUUGAUUCUCUACUGAUUUUUAUUUAAAAAAAAAACACUUUUCUUCGAUCACCGAAUUUUCAUGGGCAGUGCAUGCUUGCGAUCGUUCUUGGGUUUUGAUCAGUCGUUUACGGUAGUGACUGAUAAUUGGUCUCAGUGGUCACUCGGUUCAAUAUGAAAGCCCCAUAGCUUUCAUAGUGCUUUGAUAGCUUAUUGCUCACCUGGUGCUUAUCUGUCCUCAGCUUCGCUCGAAAAGCUUCAAGAAAGUGUCACAAAUGAGGCAUUGGCCAGGCUAAACGCCCUCGAAGUAAAUAUGACCAGCCUACAGCAGAAAUUUGUGAGUCAAUUUUUGGUGCUCUUUACAUAG